GCGUGAUAACCAUUUGUCAAUUAAGCUGAGAUCUCUUCGGAUUGUUUAGGGUGUGAAGCAACUAUCCUGACCUAAUUCCUCGACCCUAAUCUUGACCUUAACCGUAUUCACGGCCGCUUCAAUUAAAUUCCGAAAGUUGGCUCCAAAAUCUGGCGCCUGCGCGGAAAUUUCGCGCCUUUUUCAGAGACGCCACUUCGUUUUUAGCGUCAUCACCUGUAGCUGUAGUGUCAUAAUUUCUAGUUAUUCAUUAGCUAUCAAAUACCUGAAAAAAUACUCAGUUUUUAAAAAGACUUGUAUAAAAUAUGGCAGACGAAGAUUAUGAUGCUAUCAGGAGAAAAAAUAUCGCGGAGAGGAACGCAUUUUUUUCGGAAUUCUUCAAAGACCUGAAAAAAGAAACGGCAGAUUUAAAGCCACCGCCUGUACCACUACCUAAGAACUCAGAGGAUUCUGAAGUCGAUAGUAAUGAUGAAAAUGAGCCAAUAAGACAGAGACGUAAACCAAAUAAGAAAUCAAGUGGAUGUUUGCAAAAAAAAAGAAACCUGGACAUUCGUCGAAAGUACAAUACGCGUCAAAGUGUGAAGACAAGCAUAUCUUUGUCAGAUUCAGAAGAACUUGUUGAUGCAAAAGAUGGCAAGAGACGCCGCAAGCGGCCUAAAUUGAAGGUUCUUUUCCGUUGGGCAGUUCCCUUUGAACGAGAAAUUGCUAUGAUGAGAUGGAUGUUGUAUGGUGAAGGAGAUGAAGAAAAAGAAGAGGAAAGUGAGGAGUCUACUGGUUCAUCUAACGAUGAAGAUGAUCAACUCAGAAGAAAAGUUGUUCAUAAGAUAUCGAAAUCUGAUUACAACCCGGAUAACAUACGUUCUCCUGAGGAAGUAACUGAGGAACAGUUGUUGAACGUUGCAGAAAGAAGUACUGGUAAAAUAUACUGUAAAACAAACGGCAUAAGCUGCCAUCAAUGUAGACAAAAGACCUUGGAUACAAAAACGAUAUGCAGAUCCGGGGAAUGUAUUGGUAUCAGAGGACAAUUUUGUGGCCCUUGUUUGCGCGGCAGAUAUGGCGAAGAUGCUGUUGUUGCCCUCAAAGAUCCCAACUGGGUGUGUCCACCAUGUCGAGGACUCUGCAACUGUAGUAUAUGCAGAAAGCGGAAUGGUCAGAUGCCAACCGGAAUCCUAGCACCUAUAGUACAGGAGGAGGGUUAUUCAUCAGUUAUGGAUUAUUUGGAAUCUGGUAAUACCGAAAACCUCUAAUAAUUUAAGCAACUAGUGUUUACAGAAGUAUGACACGGAAUUAUUAAAGACUGCUAUUUGUAGGUCGUUAAUUAUUACUUCAAACUUGACUAUAAAUUGUUACUCUAUGUCUCGAGAUCUCUAUUAGCAUAUUAAAUAACGCUUCUGAUUAAUAAUACAGUGUGUAACAAAA